GCCGGAAGUGAGGUCAGAGGGGCGCCGGAAGCGCAGCGUGGGCCCUGAGCCGGCUGGGAGUGCGACCGGCCGGGGACGCGGCUGGUUCAAGCGGCCUCGGAGCGCGGCCGCGGGGGCCAUGUCCCGCCCCAGGGAGGACAUCCUGGGCGAGGAGAGCGGGGAGGACUGCCAUGUCAUGGACCUGAUGGGGUUCUCCGACGAGAUUCUUCUGCAUAUCCUAAGCUAUGUCCCUAGCACAGACCUCGUCCUCAAUGUCAAGAGAGCCUGCAGGAAGCUCGCGAUGCUUUGCCUUGAUAAGAGUCUAACCCACACCGUGGUGCUGCACAAGGACUAUCAGGUGAGCAAAGACAAAGUGAAGCAGCUACUGAAGGAGAUUGGGAAGGAGAUCCUCCAGCUGAACAUGGCUGGUUGUUACUGGCUGCCCAGCUCCACUAUUGACCAUGUGCUACGCUGCAAAAACCUGGUGAAACUGAACUUGUCUGGGUGCCACCUGACCUCCCUCCGCCUCUCCAAGAUGCUCUCUGUCCUCCAGAACCUGCGCUCACUGGCGAUUGACGUGAACCCUGGUUUUGAUGCCAGUCAGCUGAGCACUGAAUGCAAAGCCACGCUCAGCCGGGUCUUGGAGCUCAAGCAGACCCUGUACACGCCUUCAUAUGGUGUGGUCCCCUGCUGCACCAGCCUUGAGAAGCUGCUGCUCUAUUUCGAGAUCCUGGACCGAUCCCGAGAAGGGUUUAUUCUGUCUGGCCAGCUGAUGGUGGGUGAGAGCAACGUCCCCCAUUACCAGAACCUCCGUGUCUUCUAUGCUAGGCUGGCUCCUGGCUAUGUCAAUCAGGAGGUGGUGAGGCUGUACCUGGCAGUGUUAAGCGACAGGACUCCGGAGAACCUUCAUGUCUUCCUCAUUUCUGCUCCUGGCAGUUUUGCAGAGACUGGAGCCACCAAAAAUCUCUUGGACUCCAUGGCUCGAAAUGUUUGUCUAGAUGCCUUGCAACUGCCCAAAUCCUGGCUUAACGGCUUCAGCCUCCUACAGCACGUGAAGUUCAACAACCCUUUCUACUUCAGCUUCAGCCGCUGUACCCUCUCUGGUAGUUAUCUGGUUCAGAAAGUCAUUAAUGGUGGGAAGGACCUCAAAAGCUUGACCAGUCUGAAUCUCAGCGGCUGCAUUCACUGUCUGGCUCCGGACUCCUUUUUCCGCAAAGCAGAAGACGAUAUUGACAGCAGCAUCCUGGAAAGUCUGGUGGUGUCUUGCUGCAAUCUGAGACACCUGAACCUUUCUGCUGCUCACCAUCACAGCUCAGAGAACCUGGGCAAGCAUUUGUGCCAGCUCCUGGCACGACUGAAACGCCUGCUGUCUUUGGCACUGCCAGUGUGCUCCAUCACAGAUGGGACCGCAAAUGCGGACAAACCGCCCAUGCAGUCGGUGACUAAUAUGUUGCCCCAAGGGUUUGGGAAGAAAGCCCGUGUUGGGGUGCAGACUUACUCCAGGAGUGUGGAGCAGGGCCACACAAAGCCGCAGACCUCGGUGUUUUGGACUCUGCUGGAGAGCCUGCUGCUUUUGGAAAGCUUGGAACUGAUUGGGUCCAACUUCUCCUCUGCCAUGCCCCGGAAUGAGCCGGCCAUUCGGAACUCGCUCCCUGCCUGCAGCCGGGCUCGGCACGUGGGGGAUGCAGAGGUAGCUGCCAUUAGCCAGUUGACCUAUUUGCGAAACCUCACCUUAGCCCAGCUGCCCAACAUCCUCACUGGGUCUGGGCUCAUUAGGAUUGGAGCACAGUGCCAGCAUCUGCGGACGCUCUCCUUGGCCAACUUGGGCAUGAUGGGGAAGGUGGUCUAUCUGUCUGCCUUCAUGGACAUGCUGAAGUACUGCAAGCACUUAAGGGAUCUCAGGCUAGAGCAGCCAUACUUCAGCGCUAAUGCCCAGUUCUUCCAGGCAUUGAGUCAUUGUUCUUCUCUCCAGCGGCUGUGUAUCAUCUCCCGGAAUGGGACUCUGCAGUCUGAUGCAGUGAUGUCAUUCAUGGCCAGCUGCCUUGAGGUCAUCAUGUGCCACAUGUUUACGGGGGAAUCGCUUACAGCUUGCAAAAAUCUUCAGCAGUCGAUUGUGCGGAGUUUCCAGGCCGAGCGCCCGGCAUUAAAUGUCGUCAUUUUCCCUCUGCUCCAUGAGGACUUGACCGAAGUCAUCAGAGAUGUCCCCAUGAUGCACUUGGACGAAAUUACCUUGUUUAAAAGCAGAGUGGCUGAAGAGCCUCCGAACCUGUGGUGGUGACCCUGCCAUCACGUGCAGGACGGUGGGAGCGAACCUGUGAAAAAAGCUUCUUGUUGGCCUGCAUUGUCCCUUCCUGACCUCGAGGCCGCCUGCCUGGAUGCUGGACAGUCACUUUAACUCAGUGCAAUUGCAAAGCAAAAAAGAGCUUGGACUCUGUAUCGGGUAGUGCUUACACCUGAAAAUCCAGUCUUGAGGUCUCUGGAACCAUGUGGGUGUAUUUCCCUGCGGUUAAUAAUGAAUUCCUGUUACUUUGUGUUAGUUUAAGGUAAGCCACGCUAAUGUAACGGACUCCCUUUCCCUCCACCUCUCGUUGCCUGGUGCGUUUGUCUGUGUACUUUGGCAGUAUGCUCUGUUGUUUUCUUGGUGCCUGUCCUUUGCUUGAGUCUGUUAUUGGCAAGGAGGAGGACUGAUUUCAGGGGAGCAUUCAUGUCCCUUUAGUUAAAGUGGACCCCAAGGUGUAUUGUUGAGGUGAAAUGCAGCACCUCUCUUGCGCUGUGAAUGCAUACAUAGCCCCGUGUGCAGUGAAGUGUAUUUAGGCAUAUUUUCUGUUGAGAAAAGAAUCUGUUUUUAAUAACCAAUUAUGACUGUUCACGUUUUGCAGCCAUCGUUACAUUCUCCUUGCUCUUUGGUGUUCCGGUUGCUUGACCUUGGCGGCAGAAAUUCCUCGUUUUGUCUUGGAAAUCUGCUUUCUCAAACCCUGUGUUAGCAAGUGUCUGGCAUGGGCCCACCUAUCCUGAGGCCGUCACCGGAGCUUUAAACCCAGUGAAAAGGCUUUUCCACCAUGCAGCGGAGCUGCGGCUCUGGUGUUCCUACUCUGUCUCUACACGGUGUGCUGGAGUCCAUGCUGGCUUAGAGACCCUAUGAAGUAUUUUUCCAAGUGCCAUUUCAAUAGGCUCACUUGCUCCACUGAAUGUCAUUAGGAGUGUGUAAUGGCCUGCGUCACAUCUUCAUGUUGCCUUAUUUAUCCAGCACUUUCUGAAGCAGCAGACAGCUGUGCCAGAUGCCAAAAUGCACGUUCUUAUAGUCAGUUUUCCAGGUGGCAAUAGGAAAUCCUGCUCUGUGGAGAGUUCUGUGGUACAGGCUAUCCACCAGAGUUUCUUGAAUGCUUGGUGAUGAUGAGCUAAGCAGAUGUGCUGUGACAUCAUUCCUGGAAGGAAACCCAAUAUUUCUCCAGGUGGCAUCAUCAUUUCCUGGCCAGUAUUUCCCACACAGUACUGCCAUAGCUGCAUGUGCUGUCCAGUGCACAGCUGCUCCUGGGAAUCGUGUCAUCAUUUCAGAGGGAUAGAUUUGAAAGCAGACUUCAUCUUCAUGGAUCAAACCUCAGCUACUCUUUCCCUACUCUGAUUGCUGGGGAUCCUGGUUUUCUCUGAUUAAAAAAAAAAAAAAUCCAAAUUCCCUGAUUUAACCCCCUCCCCCUAUCCAUGUAUUUCCAUGAUUAAAACAAAAUGCUUUUGUCAAUCCAAAUAAUAUAUAAUGGCAUUUUGCUUUAAUCAUGGAAAAUGUGGAUUUUUUUUGCUAAGUCAGAGAAUUUUGGAUUUUUUUUUAUCGGAGAAAACCAGGAUCCCUGCUGAUUUGCCAGCAUCUGGCUAAAUAAGUCUGGAAGCUCCUGUUCUGCAUGUUAAAUCCUGGACCAGCCCCAGCUAAUACCUACAAGUAGGGCACAGUCGCAGAGCACUUCCAGACUUCUCUCAGCAGAAGCCUAACGGUGCAACUAUGCAUUACUAAAUGAACCUGUACGUGCAUGUUUGCAUUUCUCUUUAUGGGUAGGAGCUCCAGUCGGACAGUUUAGCCUUUCUGCAGACUUUUCCCUGUCCUUCCCUGGGGAAUGGGGAUUUAACAUCUUCCUUCCCCUCAAGCCCAGCUGCCCAGAGAAGGGGACCUAGUGUUAAGCCUCUGACCAUGCAUCUAAUAGAUGCUGUCAAGAGUUUGUGCCCUUGCUUCAAGCAGGUGUCCUGCAGCACAGCAUCAGCCAAGCUGCUAGCAGGGUGCUCCAGUGCUACAUAGGACUUUCGAACCGUCUCCGACUUGUGGUUUGGUUUUUGGUUAAGCAAGAGCAUGGAAAGGAGUAACUGCCCUUUUCGCCAAGUGCCCUACCACUGUUUAUUGUCUAGCACUCCCAGAACUCCCAGUUUUUCUACCCAUCCUGUAUCUAUCUCUUAUCUGUUUUGUGCCUUCUAAGGUAAGCUGCAGCAUCCCCUAACUCCCAGAUGGGGUAGACUUCUAGGAAGGGAUGUAAGCCACUGCCCUGUCAAGCUGAGGCCAUGUUAUCUCUGCACAGCUGCUGGCUUGCUUCCUUCCUGCUCAUGCAUUACUGGGGAGAGGCAAGGAGGGACUUUUGAAGCUCUGCCGAAGGAUGCUUUUCUACCUGUAUCCCCAUUGCCUGCAAUAUCAUUGCUGGAGAGGGAAUGCAAAGGGGUUAAAGGUAUGGAGCCAGCUCCACUUCAUGCAUAAAGGGAUGGAUCCCAUGCGCUAAUGAUGUCCUGCAUCAGCUUAUUGCUGGCACCUGAAUGUUUCCAAAAUAAACCCUUCCCCACCUCGACCCAGGAUCUCCCCUUCUGAUGUGCACUUGUGCAUCUAUGAGGGAUGGCUCCAUGAGCUCCAGUGCCGAGGGAGCCAGCAGCUCCUGUGUCCUUCUUGUUGGUGGCUUCAGUGGCACCUGCUGGAUCCUGUUCAGAUCUGGGGCAGCUGCUGAAAAGGGGUCAUUCGAGCGGAUUCAUGGGAGCAGGUCAUCAUUCCUAAUAGCAGCAGUGACGAUCCUAACUAGACCAGCAACAGGUAGGAAAGACGGUACCUCAAGAAGCAGUAAGGAGACCAAAAAAAAAAUCUCCCUUCCCCACUCCCCCAAACCUGUGGCCCUGUGCUCAGCAUCCCCUCUACAAAUCCUCUUACUGCAAGUGAGAAUUUCCGCUGCUUGUGCACUCCAGGCAGGAUUCACCAGAUGUUAAUAAUGUGCUUAUUUUCUCUAAGUGCUAUUUUGGCAUCGGUGUUAAUUACAAUUUAUAUUCUGCAACAUUUACACUGGGAAAAGAACCCACCCUAAUAGUCCCCAAUUGGCAGAGCUGGGCUAUUAAACAUAGCACCAUAUGCUCUGUACAGAGGAGUAUAUGGGGCUCGCAGCCGUGUCAGCGCAGAGGUUCCAACGUGCCACGUUGGGGAGGAGAGAAUAGAGGGACUGGGUUUUUUUUUCCUGUGUUUUAUUUAUUUAUCCCCCACUCCACCCCUCUUGUUCCUGGUUCUUAUUUAAUACCAAGUUCUGUCUCUCCUUUCCCCAUCCCCUGCAGCCCUUCCCUGCCCUCUGGGAGUGUCUGGAUGAGAUAUGAGCCCACUAACACCAUUUUCUUUAGAUACCUCUAUGCCCACAUGCGCUAAGGAAGUGGCAGAAGUGGAAAUAAGGAGUUGUUUGUAACCUCACUUGUGCCAGAGCGGGUGUAGCAAAGGGGCUCCAAAGUCCAGCAGCCCUGCACGCUCCAGCCGUCAGAGGUGACUUGGUUUGUGUGUGAGAGCGAGAGAGAUUGUGCUAGUGCUUGGGUCAGUGAGCUUGGAAAGGUGCCUACUGGGGGACGCGAACCUGCACGGGGCUUCUCCUCCCUUUUGGGCUUUCCUUAGCUGUCGUCAUGCCCCCUAGCACCAGCCCUGAUGGGGUGCUGUGAUGCCAUCACCCUCCACAUAGCCAGGUUCCCAGUGCUCCGAGAGACUCAGCUGUCGUCCUGUAGACUGGCACCUGAGGAGGAGAUGAAAGGGAAGGUGAGAGAGCGCGGGUCAGUGGUCAGACUGCGGGGCCACUGGCUUCUUGUGCGACUUGGGGCAAGUGUUUCAGUCCUGCACCUCGCUUUGCCCUGUAUGUAAAAUAGGGGUGCAUGUUCAUCAGCCCAGGGCAGGGUGCUGGAAAGCCGGAUCUGCCUGAGAGCAGCAGCUAGGGUAGAGUCCUGGGGGGUGAUGGGAGCAGGGCUCAGUUGCUCAGCCUGGCCUGGCAGGGAGGGAGGGCACUGCCACUGCCUGCUGCCGUCCGCAUGGAAAUUCGUCUUUCUUGGGAGGGAAGGAGAGAGAUGCAAAACACUAAGGGCCUUAGGGAGCAUCCCAGGCAGGGGCUGUUCAUCUUCCCCUCCUGGGAUGUGUCCCGCUAACAGCAGGCUGUCCCUGAGCAGGGCCGGGGGAAUCCUCCCCUCGCUCUCCCGGUCCAAGGUGGGAGGGCUGGGAGUCCUGGGAGUCCUUCGUAGGAGGUCAGGUACCAGUGCUCUCCCCUCCUAUUCUGCCCACUUCCACCUCCUCCUGGAUCCAGCCGCCUCCGUAACUCUCGCACUGCGGUAUCCCCGCUGCACAAACAUCCUAGUCACUUAGCAAAAAUGAGUGUCCCAGACAGCACAGCAGGUUUGUCUGAUCUGCUUACGGGCGUCUCAGCCCACUACAUGCUGAUCCUGGCUGAUGCCCUGUCCAGACAAAGCUUUUCCCCCCUGCCUGGAGAAGUAUAAACCCACAGAGAAGGAAGCGUUACAAGCGGUGCUGAGCUACUGCAGAGGAAAAUCUCUCUCUCUCUCUUUGCAGGGUCUCCUCCCCGUUCGAUCGGAGGCACAGGCAGCCGGGGCACUCUAGCAGGAGAAUCAUUUCCAUAGAAACCAAUCAGGAGGUUGUACGGGGAAUAAUGAUUAAUAGCGAAGGGAUGUUGCCUCGGGCCCUUUUCAUUUUUUAGGGGGCAGCGAGGGACACCGCAGCACGGAGCAGAGCACAGGUAGGGGGACACAUAGCCUUUCCAACUAAUGAAAACCAGCUCUUCCAUUAAUUUCCAGGCCAGCUCCCUCUGCCCGCCCCCGACGGCUGCUUUCCAGCUUUCUUUGAAUGUUCAAAAUGGCCAACCUGGUUAGAAAUAAUAAUAAUAAAAAUGGAUGGAUGGGGCCUGACUAUUAACAUUGUUGCUGUUAGCAGCAGGAUUUCAGCCAUAAAACAUGAAGCAAGGGAGACAUUGACCUUUCUGCUGUUUGAAAUGAAUGGAGACAUCGAUAUCUAUUGUUUCCAGUGGCAUUGACCUCUGACACCCUCGUUUCUCCCACCCUCUCCCUUUUUUUUUUUUAUUUCCCCCUGACACUGGAGGAAAGGGGUCAGUUGGCAGCAUCUAUUGAUCCCGUUCGUUCUCGGUGAUAGGGAAAUAAUUAGGAUUUUGAAAGUCCUACCAUGCGCCAGCCAAAACUGUAUCUACGCCCCGUGGAAAUUCAAAGCUCCCAGAUCAGAGGGAAGAUGGAUCAGUAUAGGUUUAAUUGCUAUGUUGUUUUUUCUAUUUAUUUAUUUUUAUUUUAGCUUUUAAACUGGUAAGUGUGUGGUGGGGUUUUUUUUAUGUGAGUACCCUUGGAGUUGGGAUGCCUGGUGCCUUGUUUUAUUUAUUUAUUUUUGUAAGUCGCCCCUCCUGUGUGAACUUCAUCUCUGCACUGAGAAUGCAAAAUCAGGCAUGGCUAAUUAGCUGUAUGACAAUUAAGUAAUGUAGCACAAAACCAUUAGGACACUGGAUGCGUUUUUGAAGUUUGUCCUUUGAAGUGGAAGCUGCAACUCCCUGCCCAAGGCUGCUGAGGAAACGUUUGUCUAUCAAAACUUUCUUUGAAAAUAAAUGCCAGCAUGAGAGUCCCUGUCCCUCUCCCUUCUAUAUAAACAGGAGAUGAAUUGUCCCCCCCACCACUUGUAAAAACUACUGGCAUUGAGAAGAAUAGCGAUUGCCAAAAAAAAAAAGAGGCAUUAAAGGGCCAGUUGGUCUCUGCAUACUCCUCUCUUGGUAUAUAACUGCUACCAAAGCCAUUCUAGGCUGUCGAAUCGUGUUGAUACGGAAGAGAACAUAUACAAGUUCCACCCGUUACGGGAUGAUUGGAGAAAAUGGCUCUCCAAAUCUCAAGGUGUGACCCUGUAAUGGGCUAAAUGACACCAGGAACUCAUGCCACCUGUUUGCAAAUGACUGACAAACUCCUCAAUUUUUAACAGCCCCAUCUGUGCCCUUGUUUUACACUUGUGUUUACAGCUGGCUGUUUGUCGCUAGUCACGAACCACCUGGUUGGGAUGUGCAACUCGUGUACAUUUGUGGCAUGUAAAAAUUCAAAUAAAGAGUGAAACUGAUUUUAAAACCA